AUCACUUGAAACCUUUUCCUAAAACCCUAAAUCGCCCACCCACAACAAAACGAGUUCCUUCGUAGCCUCUGCUCUCCCUCUCUCUCGACGAAUCAAGAUGUUGCGCAGGAACGUUAGGUUAAGAAAAGAGUAUCUCUACAGGAAAAACUUGGAAGGUAAUGAGCGUGAGAUCUACGACAAGAAGCGCAAGAUAAGAGAAGCCCUCCAAGAAGGGAAGCCGAUUCCUACUGAGCUCCGCAACGAGGAGGCGAAGCUUCGUCAGGAGAUUGAUCUCGAAGACCAGAAUACUGCCGUUCCCCGGAGCCAUAUUGAUGAUGAAUAUGCAAAUGCAACUGAGAAAGAACCCAAGAUUUUGUUGACUACCUCUAGGGAUCCAAGUGCUCCUCUUACGCGAUUCGUCAAGGAAUUGAACAUUGUUUUUCCUAACGCCAGUAAACUGAAUCGUGGUAGUCAGGUCAUUUCUGAGAUUAUUGAAACGGCUCGUUCUCAUGAUUUUACUGAUGUGAUAUUUGUUUCUGAGAACCGUGGUAAGCCUGAUGGUCUUAUCAUCUCUCAUCUCCCAUUCGGACCUACUGCCUACUUUCAGUUACUUAAUGUGGUAACAAGACAUGAAAUUCAAACCAAGAAAGAAAUGGGAAAAAUGUCUGAGCAAUAUCCUCAUCUCAUUUUUGAACGCUUUACAACCCAGAUGGGUAAAAGAGUUAUGAACAUCUUAAAACACAUCUUCCCAGUUCCUAAACUUGAUGCAAAGCGUAUUGUAACUUUUUCUAAUGAAUCUGAUUACAUUUCAUUCAGGAACCAUGUGUAUGAUAAAGGAGAAGGAGGCCCGAAAUCGAUAGAGCUAAAAGAAAUUGGUCCUCGGUUUGAGUUGCGGCUCUACCAGGUGAAAUUAGGAACAUUGGAACAAGAUGAAGCAGAGGUCGAAUGGGUUCUGAGACCCUACAUGAACACUGCUAAAAAACGCAAAUUUCUCGGUGAAUGAUAUAUGAUAAUAUGCUAAAACGCACCAUCCGUUACUUUCAAAUUCCGUUUUACCUUCUGAUUUUGUUGAAGGAGCUGUUUAACCUUUUAUGUGAUAGAGAAUAUUGCGGAAAACUUUUAUGAGCUUAUUAUCGAUUUGUUGUAACCUUUUUUGGUGAAAAACGUUUCGCUUCUAAAAAAAGGAAAGAAAACAUGCUCUUAAACUGGUAAAA